AUGGCAAAUUCAGUCUUCCCUUUACCGGGUGUGGAGCACGGAAAGCGCAUUCUUGUCUCGGUCAUUGAGUCCCGGGCUCGCAAUGUCUCCAGCAAGUCUUGGGUUUCUCUGCCGAUUAAUGAACAGGACCUUUCUCAAGGAUAUAAGGACAUCAGUUUCCGGCAGUUAAAUAACUAUGCAAAUCACGCUGCGAAGUGGCUGAGAGAGAAUCUGCCUCCAACAUCCGAUGUGUUCCAGUGCUUUGCAUACGCAGGUCCUAAGGACUUGCGCUACCCUAUACUUGCGGUCGCGGCAGCAAAGCUGCAAAAAGUGAUGGUGAUGCCCUCUCCCCUCAUCACCCCCGAGGCUCAAAAUCGCAUUCUUAGUGCGAAGAGCUGUAAAAUCUACUUGCGACCGACAUCUAUGGCAGAUAAAGUGGCAGGACUAUUGAAAGAGGCACCCGCUUUUCGGGUUGUUACUGUUCCUGAAAUCGACGAAUUCAUGAAGGAAGAAGAGGCCCCCACCUUUACUUAUUCUAAGUCAUGGGAAGAGGGCAAAGACGAUCCCUGGCUUGUGUUUCACACAUCAGGCACAACUGGCAAUCCGAAACCUCUGACGUGGUCGCACAGAAUGAUGGCUGUGCCAGAUAUAAUGGCAUCUUUGCCAGAUCUGGAGCUAUCUGUGCUACAUAAAUUCGCCCAGGAUAGAUGGUAUACCCCACUCCCCUCCCUACAUGUUGUUGGUACCCUGAUGAUACUCGCCAUGGCUUCAUUCCUAGAAUCAACCAUCGUAAUCGGACCAGCGGUACAGCCGUCGGCAAAUCUCGUUGUAAAUAUUUUACACUAUGGACAAGUAGAUGGUGCUCUGAUGACACCCAGUCUUAUCGAGGACCUCUGUCUGACAGACACUGGCCUCCAAUCUCUACGGAGCCUUAAAUGUCUCUUAUACACUGGCGCACCUUUGGCCGCAAAAGCCGGCGAGAAGUUAGUGCCACAUGUCCAUAUUGCUUCUAUGGUUGGCAGCACAGAAGGUGGACUGUUUUUAACCAAGCUCCAUGACGAAAAGGAUGCAUGGGACUACAUCAAUUUCCAGAAGCACGCAAGUGCUGAACUUGUACCCCGAUUUGGCAACCUACAUGAGUUGGUCUUUGUGCGCCGGCCAGGUUGUUUAGUCCCUCUGGCUUUCCAAGUAAACCCCGGCCUCGACCGCAUCAAAACCAGUGACAUGCUGGUUGAGCAUCCUGUCCACAAGGGUCUAUGGAAGUUUAUUGGCCGCGGCGAUGACUAUGUUAACUUCUCCCAUGGAGAUGGGAUGCAUGCCUCUCUGAUUGAAGCUGAGAUCGAGUACCAUCCUGCCGUGAAGACCGCUUUGAUUGGCGAGAAUGGUAGACCUGCACCAGUCCUCCUUGUGGAGCUGUUCCCCAAUUAUAUGACAGAUCAUGAGAAGGAUCAAUUUACUGCUUCGCUGCAGCCUUAUAUUGAAAAUGCCAACAUCCGGUGUCAUGACUGCGUGAAGCUUUCUCUGGAUCGGUUCAUUCUAGCGUCGCAAGACAAGCCCUUCGUUCGAAAUGUCAAAGGAGGCGUGGUAAGAAUGCAGAGUCUCGCAUUAUACAAAGUCGAGAUUUCCGCUAUGUUUGAUUAA